AUGGCGAUCACAGUUUCAUCGUUAUAUCCUGCAACUGGAUCUUUGGAAUGGACCUCCAUUGUUGAUGGGACCUCGCAUCUCAUCGGUGGUGGUGACUAUCGUCCACCAAGCAACGAAUCGGUGAAGAAUAAUCUGCUUCUCGCUCGUAACGGAUCCGCUAAACGAUGUCCUUUCUCAGGAAUGGAUAUCAACGGGAUUGAAGAAAGUCUGGCCGAAGGAAAAGUGAAACGUGUUCUCCCGAUCAGUCACUUCAAACCGAAGAUCCCCGAGAGGAUUCUCCUAGAUCCUGAGACAUUCUGCAAGACCUUCCCCUACCACAUUCUCUUCAAUGAUGACCUGGUGAUCAUGCACUCUGGAUCAAAGCUGCAACAGUUCUGUCCGUUGAUCAAUGAUGAGGGCGCUACACUCAAGGAUAUUCUAAUCCUUGACCACCCAGAGAUCGAGUUGACGUCGGAGAAUAUCUUUCUCUUUCUCAAUAUGAUCUUUAUGGCGACGCUGAAGAAAGAAGCCAUGGCUCCUCACAUGCCGGUCGUCUCUAUCAGAGGUCAGAUGGUGUGGAUGCCUGAUUCACAUCUGUAUGUGUUCCUCUGUUCACCUCAGCUGACGUCACUGAAUGACCUACGCGAUAGGAAGAUGCACUUUUCAGACAUCGCAUCACAUGAUCUAACACGUGACCUUAUCCUUUUCAAUCAACAAAGAAUCGCGGAGGUUGAGUUGGCCAAGCAGUUGGAGCAGAAGAAAGAAGAACUGCGCACGCUCAUGAGAGACCUCGAAUUAGAGAAGAAGAAAACUGAUACACUACUGUACUCAAUGCUGCCGAAAGAGGUCGCUAAUGAUCUCCGAGAUGGGAAGAAGGUUGAGGCAGGUGAGUUUCAGCAAGUGACUAUUUCCUUCAGUGAUAUAGUUCGCUUCACCGACAUGUGUUCUCAGUGUGAUCCUAUUCAGAUUGUUCAUCUUCUCAAUGAGAUGUAUGUUGUCUUCGAUGAGCUCACCAGCUUACACAAUGUCUAUAAGGUUGAAACCAUCAGAGAUGCUUACAUGACGGUAGGAGGUUUGCCAAUCCCUAAUGAAACUCAUGCUGAACAGGUGGCAUGCUUUGGUCUUGGGCAGGUUGAAGGGGUUAAGAGCAUCUCAUCGCCCGUCACAGGAGAGAUCAUACAGAUUCGAGUCGGCAUUCACACCGGGCCUGUAGUAGCUGGUGUUGUGGGUGUUAAGAUGCCUAGAUACUGUUUGUUUGGUGAUACUGUGAACACGGCAUCGAGAAUAGAGAGCCACAGUUUACCAGGGAAGGUUCACAUUAGCCCUUCUACCUACAGAGCGAUCAAGGGUAAAGGGUUUGAAUGCGAGGCCCGGGGUGGAAUGGAGAUCAAAGGUAAGGGUAGGAUGAUGACACACUUUGUGAUUGCUCGAUCAAACCAGACCAAUGAUGACGACACAGACUCAGCUUCAGACUCAGCUUCAGACUCAGCUUCAGACUCAGCUUCAGAUGAAGGGGAUGACGCCCUCACGUGUCAUGAUGGUAACGAAGUCAGAGCUCCUGUGAUCAUCAACGAACCAAACCAUGAACAGUCUACGAAUAAAGACGACCUCACUACGACCAGAGCAGGCAAAACAGUGCCAUCUGGAGUCGAGACCCAGGCAUCUACAUCUACAUCACCAUCGUCCGAUGUUACCGAGAGAAGAACCUCUUCAGCAUUGUGCACUGUGCUUUAAAUGAGUGCAGCUAGAUGAAAGCAUGUUGAAACGUGCUACAAACCAUUUAAAAACAUAUGAGGCGCCACAUAUUUUGUUAAAGCAUCUCUUUGUAUUGUAAAUUAUCUUGUUCAAAAAUAUUUGAAGUGAUGUAAAUACAACUACACUUUUCAACAUAUCUUUUAUUAUUCUAUGAAUAGUAAUAUGUAUAUUCCAAACAUCCCACCUUAUAAUUUGUUUUUCACUUGCGUUUAGAUCUAAAUGAAAUCGCUGUAUAAUACCAUAACUUUGUAAGGGAUGGACCAGGGUUGAAACGAGACAUAUUCUCGAGGAAAUAUCUCCUGAUUGUAUCAAAUUCAGAACUACAUACUUAUUUGAAAUUGAGGUUUGAAUGGAGAUUAAAUUUACAGUGACAUGAGAAACUCUUUGUGUUGGAAAUAUUUCACAGCCUCGCACACCCGAUUAUUAUUUCGCUUAGAGAAUCAUUACCAGGAAUCUUCCCCGCUGACAACUUGUCCCGAGGUGAGGGGUAUUUAUUAUUUUUCAGGGUGAUUUUGGAUGUGGCCAGUGAACAGUGUCAAAUAAAGAACAACAGUAAAAGCGGUUUUAAAAACUUUUGUCUUGAUGUUACAAAUAUUUACACAACUCCCCUUAUCUGAAUGUCCGCAUUAAAAAAAAAAAUGUAUCAACAAUAUUAUACUCGCUCGAUGUAUUGUCCAUUAUAAAUAUGAUGAGAAAAGAAAAUAAAGAAAUCAACGUACGAACAGUAACUUUUUCGAUAAAAUAAAGCUCGUGAUAAUGUAUCAACGGAGAUGGGUGAUGGGGAAUGCCACCAGCCCCUUCUUGAACAAAGUUUCAAUAAAAAUGAUAACGACAUUAUUAAUCAAGAUUCCAAAAUUCAAGUUUUGUUGUCCCUAAUAACACCGACAUUUGUUUCUCAUUGGUGUAACAUACAAAAAAA